ACGCAACCCACCUGUGUGCGUCCUGAACCCGAGAACCCGCGGCCGCCGCACCGGAGCAGACCCCACCAAACCCUACUCGCCGCGGCGGCGGCCGGCGUGGGGAUGGUGGCCUUCUCGAUGUACCGCGGCAACCUCCACAUCGGCGGGCGCGACAGCGGCGCCGCCGCCGAGCGCCGGUGGGAGCGGCCCCGCCCGACCCUCUCCACGAAGCGGUUCCGCCGCCUCCUGCGCAACCGCUCCCUCGCCAUCGCACGCCUCGCCGGGGCGCCGCCGCGUCCCGGCUCCCCGUCCUCCGCGGACGUGGAUGGCGGUCGUGGCGCCGCGGAGAACGACCGGCAGGCACGGGAUGACGAGGAAGCGGACAGGGUGGACGAACAAGGAGGGGGUCAGGAACAGCAGCAGCAACAGCAGCAGGGAGGAGAUGAGCUUGUGGAGGAAGAGCAGCAGCAUCAGGCGGAAGAGGAGGAGCAGGAGGAGGGGGCUGUGGAGGAUGCUGACAUGGACGAUGCGGGGGAGGUAGUCGUUGAAGGUGAUGGCAAUGGCGAUGCGGAAGAAGGGCAAGGUGAAAGUGAGGGCGUUGACCCUAGCCAGGAGGAGGUUAGUUAUCCUGAUCAAAUUGAUGAAAAGAAGAGAAAGUUGAAUGAAAAGCUGGACGUCCUAAACAAGAAAAAGCAUGAUCUUGUGCAGAUGCUGAAGCAGGUUUUAAAUGCUGAAGAGGAAAUCCGAAGGCGGAGCAUACUAGCUUCAUUGCGUGCUGCCAUGCCUCAGCCAUCAGAAAAUGUAACAGAUGGAAGUUCUGUUUCCAGGCUGGGCCCCAGAAUGACCGUUGACGUCAAUUUUGGUGAUGUUGCUGGCGAUUCAGAUGCUGGUUCCAACCAGGGCACUCCUGGAAGACCCUUGCAUCACUUCCACAGCAUAUCUCCUUCGACAGCCUCUUUUGUUAGGUCACCUUUUGGUUCUCUACAGGGCCACACUCCAAGGAGUCCAGCAACAUUCUCUAUGGCAAGUCCAUCACGCUUUGCAGCAAGCGGGCACCAAGGACAACCUCCUGGCCUGCAUUCAGCAUCUUUGCCAGGAGGUAACUAUGUAGCCUCAUCGCCUUCCCCAGCAGCAUCUGGUGGUUCUUCAUCAGUGUUUAGGGACCCUCGUCCCCCCAACUCUACCUAGUCUCCAUGCUUUGUGUAUAGUUGUAGUACCCUUAUAUGGGUCGUUUAUUGACAAUGUUGCACUGUGGACUGCUAUUAACAUGUAACAUGUAAAAAUUAGGAUAUCCAUCGUGCCCGGUGGCCAGAUCUUCCGCACAAUUUGCUAGGUAAAUGUAAUAUACCUACAAUAUUGAAGUGUUAGUACCAUUCCUCUUAAGUAUUACUUGGUGUAUCAUGAA